UCACUCUUAUAACAAGGGAGCAAACAUUUUAAAAGAAUUGAAUUAAGGGCUAUAAUACACAGAAAGAAUAGAACCUCGAAAACUUGGCGUGAGAUUGCGACGUUGGUAUUCUCAUCCGAGGGACCCAUAGCGGCGUCAUUGAAAACGAAAAUCACUACCAGCCUUCGAGAUGUCGUUUGAAGGUUUCACUGAGGAGGAGUUGGAGAAGAUGCCGGACCGCAUUGCAGCCGCCUUCACCGACAAGAAAAUACUCAUCACCGGAGGAACUGGUUUUAUGGGAAAAGUUCUGGUGGAGAAGAUUCUUAGAAAAUGUCCAGACGUCGGUGAAAUUAUUCUCCUGGUGAGAACUAAGAAAGGAAAGAAUCCGAAACAACGGCUUGAAGAAAUCUUCAGCGGACCGCUAUUUGAGCAAGUUCGCAACUUGCGGGGUGGUUUAGACCCACUCUUGGCGAAAGUAUCCAUUGUAGCUGGUGACUGUAUGGAGAAGAAACUGGCCAUGAGCGACGAAGACCAACAGAGAGUAAUCGACGAAGUGCACUAUAUCAUACAUGCUGCAGCGACUAUAAGAUUUGACGAAGAACUUAAGAAAGCAGUUAUUUUGAAUGUUAGAGGCGUGAGAGAAAUACUCGCGUUGGCUAAACAAUGCAAGAAAUUACAGAUCUUCGUGCACAUAUCAACAGCUUAUUGUCACUUACAUGAGAAAUUGUUAGAAGAAAAAGCGUACCCUCCGCCGGCUGAUCCACAUCAGAUCAUAGAAGCCAUAGAAUGGAUGGAUGAUGAAACCAUAGCUACUCUUACACCAAGAUUACUGCAUAACUUCCCCAAUUCAUAUGCUUUCACAAAGGCCCUCGGUGAGGCCUUGGUUGUAGAAACAAUACAAGAUGGUUCAGUACCAGCUGCCGUCCUUAGACCAUCUAUUGUGAUCCCCAUCUGGCAGGAACCUAUUCCAGGAUGGACGGAUAAUAUAAAUGGACCUACAGGUUUAUUAAUAGGAGCAGGCAAAGGUGUAAUCAGAACUAUGUACUGCAAGAGUAAUAGUUACGCUGAUUUUCUACCAGUGGAUGUUUUUAUCAAUGGAAUUAUGAUUGGUAUUUGGCAUUAUGUCAUGAUAGGAGACAAGGAAAAAAAUAUAGUAAACUUUACGUCAUCAGCAGAGGUCAAAGUCACAUGGAAUGAAAUGAUCGAAGCCGGCCGAGAAAUCAUUACAAAUAGAGUACCUUUGAACGGCGUGGCGUGGUAUCCGGGUGGUUCUAUGAAACAUUCUCGUCUCCAGCAUAACAUCUGCGCAUUUUUUUUCCAUUGGGUUCCGGCUGUGAUCGUUGAUACUUUACUAUUCUGUUUGGGGUACAAGCCUGUUCUGUGGCGUGUCCAUCAACGUAUCAGUAAAGGGUUCGAAGUCUUCGAAUACUACACCAACAACCAAUGGGACUUUAAAUCGGAUAUUGCUCAAACCGAACGGCGCAAAUUGAAUCCACGAGAGAGGCGUGACUAUAAAGUUGACUCUGUUGGUCUCGACAUCACCAAAUAUUUUGAAGACUGCAUCAGAGCUGCUCGGAUUUAUAUACUAAAGGAGUAUGAUGACACUCUACCUGCAGCCAGAAGACAUAUGACGGUGAUGUGGUGGGUGGAUGUUAUAGUCCAGUUUCUCUUCUGGGGUAUGAUCCUGUAUUGGAUAAGCGGAUGGUUCGGAUUUAAUUCUCAAGUAGCAACAUCACCAGAGGAGCUUCCGAGCGUUUUGGCUGCUUAAACGCCAUUUGUAAAUAUACUAUAAAUAAUUGAUAAUAAAUAAUAUGAUGUACAGAAUGAAAUGAACCAGUAAUCUGUGAUAUCCUGGAGAUGGCAACAUUUUAUGGUGGCUAUGAUGACUCCUUAUAUUUUUUUUCAUAAAAACCAAAUUCCACAAACAAUUUAACUGUUUGAGGGUUGAACUUAUUCUCAAUUAAAUAAAUAGCACAAUAGAAAAGAAUA